AUGCUUGUGAAUCUUCAUUGUGGUUAUAUCAUGCUGCGAAUUCUUUUUAUGCUGCUAGCCAGCAGGUGUUCGGCAAAAUUGGGCUAUCAAUAUCAACAGAACACGGCUGGACUUACUAGCUAUGAUACACCUCCAUAUGGCUAUGAUACGGCGUAUACUCCGUUGCCGGCCACUCAAUCGGCUGAUCAGUACAACGAACAUGCCGAUUUCCAUAAACAUUUCUAUGCCUUUGAGGCGCCCUACGACUCCAUUGAGGAGGCAGAACUAAUUGAACAAAAGAUAGCAGCCAUUUCACAAAAGAAUUUGCAGGUGGUGUUCAUCAAGGCGCCUGAGAACAAAGUGGUUGAGGGAGCCCUUCAUGCCCUGGCCAAACAGAAUAGCGAAGAUAAAACCGCCAUUUACGUGCUAAACAAACAAACGGAUGCAAAUGAAUUGGCAAGCAAACUCAGUGCCCUGCAGACUCAGCGUAAACACAAACCUCAAGUUCAUUUCGUUAAAUACAGGACGGAUGCGGAAGCCGCUCAGGCCCAGCAGCAAAUUCAGGCGCAGUACGAUGGAGCGCCAUCUGCGCGUCCAGUUGCAGAGCAGGCCACAUCUUUGGGUUACUAUCCGGAACAGCAGCCGCAACCGGAUCAGGGCUAUUAUCCCGAUGCACCUUCGCCGCAGUCUGCCUACUUGCCGCCCUUACCCAGCUAUGCAUCAUUUCCACAGGGUUACAAUGCAGCUGCCCAGGGUCUGGUUGAUUUGCCACCAUUACCAGAACCACAGCAGGACAACUUGGAUGCACGGACGGCCAAGUCAAGUCGCAUUGAUUUUCGUGUCAAUGAAAGAAACCGACCAGGCAGCCGCAUGAUCUUCCCCACUGAGUCACAACCGAGAGUUUAUCUUCCACCUGCAACUGUCUCCAAUCAGUAUCUACCGCCAAAUAAUGGCAUCAAACGGCGAAGACGUGCCUAUUUCUGA